AGAAGGAUGGAGACCUUAUUGAAGCUGAUAAUAAAAUGAGACGAGUCACCAAUUUAUUCUACAAAGAGAAGGACCGUAUCAGCCAAGCAAUAGAGCAAACAAAAGAAGAGAUUACGAAGAUGUACAAGGAGAGGGAUAUUUUGAAUAAGAAAAUUAAUGAGAAAAGCAGUGUCGUAAAGGAUGAGCUCUUCGUGCUCAAUCUAAGAUUUGAUGGGGUAAAUGAGGUUAAGAAUAGGGCAAAAGAUACAAUGGAGCUAUUUGCGUCACAGAUUGCCUUUACGAAAUAAGGAAAUUGAAAAGCUCAAAAAUGAGAAGUUAGAGCGGCAAAAUAGAAAAAUUUUGUUGAUGAAUAAAGUCAAGACUUCUCCAAGUGGAACUCCAAGAGGUUUGAAGCCGACAAAAAGGUCAAAGGUAGCUAAGAAAGGGCGAUCGAGGAAGUCUUUACGGAAUAAAUCAAAAAUAAGGAAAUCCCAAGAAGUAUCACCAGUUCGAAGCUCAACAGAGAGAAUAGAGGAGGUUGUUAAGCCUAAGAAAUCAGCCAAGAAAAGACUAAAGACUGCAAAAAAUAAAUAUCGCUAAAAUUUCAGUUUUAA